GUCGGUGAAUAGUAAGGUACCGCUCACCACGUUAGAGCUGCUCUGCGUCCGCUACGUUCGUAAGCACCGUUAGAGCGUGCGUCCGGCAGGUGUCCGGCAGGCUACCUCCGCAGUCCGCACCGAUUGAGUGGUGCGGCAAUAGCAGACAGGGCGACGGCGAGAGACGGCACGAUGGGCUGCACGCAGAGCAAGCACGACGCAUCGGAGGACGCAAGCAAUGGCACCAUGCUGCAAGCAGUCCUCGGCCACCUUGGACAGCUGGACGGCGACGCGAAGCUCGAUCACACAACUAUGUCCAUCGUCUAUGACAUCUUCAAAGACAUGGACAAGGAUUCGGACGGGACAGUGGACAAAUCUGAGUUCGAAAAGUUCCUCUCGACACACCCGGCCGCCAAAACGCUGUGGGAGGGGGAGGGGAAGGCGUCGAUGAGCCGUUCGCUCAAGGACGCCAUUGCAGACGAGAGGCUGAGCUUUUACGAGCUGGUGGCCGCAUUCGCGCCCGAGGCUCCACAUCACGCGGGAGACGCGAGCGGCAUCGGCGGGCUUGAGUCGCUGAUAAGCGAUGCAGCUUGGGGCUACCGUGGCUACAACGGCCCGGAGAAUUGGGCGCUGCUAUCGCCAAAGAACAAACUGGCAGCCACGGGCAAGGAGCAGUGCCCCGUCGACAUCUUGCCAUCGACGUGUGUUCCCUGUCCGGCGGUGGAUGGAGACGCGAGCCUCGCCUAUGGCGUCGGCCCAGGCACGAUCCUCAACAAUGGGCACACGAUCCAGGUCAACUGGAAGGGCGGGAGCAUGAGUGUCGGAGGCACCACCUUCGAGGCGGCGCAGUUCCACUUCCACACCGCCUCGGAGACCACGAUCCGGGGCAUGCAGUACCCGCUCGAGAUGCACGUCGUCCACGUGACACCCGGCGCGAAUGAGCGAGUGAGCGAGCCGAUGCGCAUCGCCGUCCUCGCGGUCCUCUUCGAGACGCGCACCGACGUCGAGGAGGUGUUCCUCUCCCAGUUCUUCGAUCAGCUCCCCUCGCAUGUCGCGCACGACCAGGAUGAUGCAGAGACCCUCACGCGGCCGGUUGACCUGAGCUCCAUCUCGCUCGAUGGCGGUUACUACCGCUUGCGAGGCUCGCUCACCACGCCACCGUGUACGGAGGGGCUCGAGUGGUCUGUGCUCGCCUCGCCCCUGCCGAUUCUUCCCGCCCAACUCGAGACCUUCCGCAAAGCGCUCGGGAAAACGGUGCGCAACUUCCGUCCAACGCAGCCUCUCAACGGCCGCUCGAUCACGUGGGUGUGCGCAUGCCAAGCAUGAGGCACUCGAGAUGAGGCACCAGACCAUUGCUUGAGCCGUGACGACGCGAGCCAAGGUGCUAGGCAGACGAGCAACCCAGGUUCGCGGCCGCUCACAGGUAGCCCCAUGAAUGAUCCACAUCGCAAUGGCGGACCCUUACAGAUCACAGAUCACAGAUCACAUCGCAAUCGAAUAAUCGUGGACGCACGACGACGUUUCACUUUCAGCACACCUGUGUUGCCAGUCGCGCCUGUCCCGUGCCCAGUGUCGUGCGAGGGAGCUUUGUUGUAAAAUUCACUUUCAGCAUGG